AUGGCACCUGGGUUGUACAGGAUUCCUGCUCCUUCAAUUCCUUCGCCAUUGGAUCUGACGCCAAAUGCAUUUUUACCUAAAAAUGAUCCAAGAUACACUGAGGAAUCAGCUUACACAUUGGAAGAUAUCAACAAUAUGCCGGUGAUUGGUGAUCAUUCUGAAAAGAAAUAUAACUUGAACCAAAAGCAAAUCAAAGAGAUAAUUAAACUAAAUUCCAAAGAUCCUAACAAAUACACAAGAAAAGUGCUAGCUGAAAAAUUUAAUUGCAGUCCCUUUUUUGUUGGUCUAGUUUCUAGAAAUACAGUGGGUAAUAAAAGAUACAGGGAGAUGAUGAAACGAUUGAAUUAUAUCAGGGACCAUUGGGGUAAAAAGAAGAAGAUCAAUGCUGAAAUUCAUCAAAAGUUGAAAAAGUAUGUCUACUCUGAUGAAUGA